AUGAGUUCUUCAGCCACCACCCCGGAGCCUAAUCGGCUGUUUGCUCUCCCAUCUGAGAUUCUUUUCCAAAUUUUGAAAGAGACCACCCAGAAAGAGCAAUACUGGGUAAACAUUCUUACCAGACGUGAAUCUCCCUGCGGGAAAAAGGGUAGGUGUAAUACAUUGGUCUACACAAAAGGUGCAAGUGCUCAAGGUCCCAGGAGCUAUCCCUUCUAUCACGAGUGUAUAUUCAAGCGCCCUGUCGCUGAUGGCAAUAUUGAUAUUAAGGACACUGUCGACAAGAUCUGGGAGCAGGAUCUCCAAGCAAAUCGCCUCAGGAACCAGAUUAAUGUCUAUGAGCGUUCUCUCGACUCUGAUCUCGUGGAUAACGUGAGAUCCCUCUGUCUUCGUAUCGCAAACGAGGACAUCCCGUUUGACGAGUUGGAUCUCAUGUGCCAACGCGUCCCCGUACUUUGCAAAUCCCUCACGGCAGUGCUUUCAACUCCCGAUCCCAUCUAUGGCGAUCCAGACGAAGAACAGAGUCCUGGCGAGAAGCAACCGUUUCCGUCCGAUGAUGUGGUCGAGUGUCAGCGCCUCAAACAUGUUAUGAUUCGUUCUUCUUCGUGGGAAUCUCGUUUUGACUUGACCCAAUGGGUUUUUUGGGACGCGACGAAUCCUUUCCCACGCCAGAUGCCGAUCUCCAGGAAUCAGAUGUACUUCCGCAUGAUGAUAGAUGAGCGAAAGAUUGACGAUGAUAUUACUCUCCUCAAUCAAGAUUGGUCCCUUUUGACCGGUCUCGAGAGUCUCUGUUUUGACCUCAGCACAGAAACUUGGCACAGAUCGCUCAAGAAACUCAGGUGUCUGCUCCUCAACAUGGGCAAGUACCUGAAGCUCAAGACACUUGUUGUUUUCGAUUUCCACAAAGGUACCUUUGAGCAACCCAACAUGAUCGCUUUGCUCAUGAAUUGUCUACAGCCAGGCGGUGAGCUUCAUCUCGUUCUUGCGAUCCCCACGGCUGAUCUCUAUCGCUAA